AUGUCCAAGCAAAGGUCCUGCCCGUUCUGCAACAAACUGUACGCUGUUCUUGGACGGCACAUUCACUCUUGUCAUGAGAGAAAAGGAAGGCCUUACUCCGAAUUUAUUGCCGGCCGUGGCGCAUCUACUGUUCAGCUGUCUCCUCCAACUGUCAACGAAAUCGUUGGACUCCAUCUUGAAAGUUCCCGGAUGAGUCUUGUUGCCGCCUCGCUUUCCCCAGAGCAUGAUAGCAAUCACAGAGUAAGAGCCCCUUCUGUUAAAUCAAGCGGAAGACAUUUUGUUAUGCGUUCAUGCCCAUCUUGUUUGAAGUCGUUCAAACGUUUAGAUGUACAUCUAAACCGGUCUUCCAAAUGCUCUUACGUCAAAUUGAGUACUGGUAAUAAUGCAAUGUCUGAGCAAGCAAUUACUGGGUCUACUUCGUCCAAUAUUUUGACUGAUGUUACCAGGUCUCCUAGAGGUGCUGCUUGUGCCCCAAUGGAAAAAACCUCUUUUUCAGAACCUCCGGAAGUUCAAAAUCUUGGUAACAAUACUACCGAAUUCCCUCUUCUUCGACGCCUUAAACUUCCUACUUGUGAUGAUGAAUGGAACACUGCUGACAUUUAUUUUGCUUCAUCAGUUGUGCCUUUGGUAUGUUCGUACAUCGACCCAGAUGAAGCAAAUGACGUCUUAGUGAAAGGGAUUUUCAACUAUUUCAGCAACACCUUUGGCGUUUCUGCAAGCCAAAGAAAAAGAACAAAACGUCAUGCUUCCAACCUUGCUCAACGUUUAAGGGUCGCAAAACGAGAAAACAGAUUAGCUCAGAAGGCCCUGCGUCGUGCAAAGAAAACCCUCAACAUGUCCAAGGAUGAUUUGUUAUCUCUUGUUGCCGCCCUGCGGAAAUCUGUGAGAUCUCUUCAAAAAAUGAAACGGCUGCAGAUGAAGGCAAAUUUCCAAAGACAAUCAAAAUUCCAGCAGAGGGACAUUUCGUCAAAUUUUUGGAAAUUUGCUAAACAAAUCCUUCGUUCCGACCAAAAUGAAGUCAGUCCUUCAUUUACUCAGACAACUGCCUAUGAUUAUUUUCGUUCCGCUUACUCUGCUUCGUCACCAAGAAAUUGCUUUGACUACCCAGAGUGGCUGAAGCACAGAGAUGCUCCAUCCUUUCCAAUGGGUGAUCUUGUCAUCACGGAAAAAGACAUCUAUGAUAAAAUCAAGUGUGCUCGUUCUGAUUCGGCUCCUUGUCCUCUUGACCAAAUUAGCUACAAGUUAUUGAAACGAUGUCCAUCUUUGACUGUCGGUCUCCUGCACAUCUACAAUCUGUGCAUUCAGCAAUGCAGAGUUCCAAGACUAUGGCUGUGUGCUGUCAUAAAGUUAAUUCCUAAACCAGGAAAAAGUAUCCCUUCUGACCCGUCUACCUUCCGACCAAUUGCUUUGACUUCUGUAGUUGGGAAGGUGUUCACGUCAUUCAUCAAAGACACUCUGUUUAAGCAUCUCAUAUCUAAUGGAUAUCUGGAUACAUCGAUCCAAAAGGGGUUCAUCAAUCACGUCAGCGGGUGUCAAGAACAUCAGCUCAAAUUGGUGGAGGCUAUCAGAGAUGCGAAAGCCAAUCAGCGGCUUCAAACCAUUCUAUGGAUUGACUUGCGUAAUGCUUUUGGAAGUGUUGAUCAUAAUUUAAUCCGCUUUGCAAUGUCCCAUUACAAUUGUGGUGAUAUGGUGACAAAUCUCAUUUCCAAUAUAUAUUGUGGUCUUCGCGCAGUCAUUUGCACAGAUGACUGGUGUACUUCCAAUUUUCCUUAUGAGGUCGGUGUAUUUCAAGGGGAUCCUCUGUCAGUGGCUAUUUUUGACAUGGUUUUCAACCUUUACACUGAUGCUUUAGAAUCUCUCGCUCCAACUUGUGCCUAUCAGUUUUCGUCAGUGGCUCAAAACUCUUUCUUGUGUAGUUUUGCUGAUGACGCUGUCGUAGUCACAAGAGGUCCACAUGAAAUUAAUGCUGUGUGCAAGCGAACAGACCAAUUCCUCGAAUGGUCUGGCCUAGAAGUCAAUGCAGCAAAAUGUUCAACUUUUUCACGUCGGAGGCUGAUUCAUCCAACUGUCUUUGACCCGGAAAUCUCUAUACAAGGGCAAAAGAUUCCAUUCUUGUCACACAAGAAAAGCUACAAGUACUUGGGUCUUCCAAUUGCGUCUGAUCUGUCUCAUGCCGACAUUUCAAGAGAGCUUCUGGAGACUACUAAGAAUUUAUUGAAUAAAGUCGAUCAAACAGCCGUUUCCCGAAUGAAUAAAUGUCUUCUCUAUAAGAGAGCGGUGCUACCGCGGCUUUCAUGGUUACUGAGCAUUGCAUCUAUUCCUUUGUCAUGGAUCGAGCAAUCAUUGGACAGUGUAGUCACGAAAUUCUUAAAAAAAUGGGUCGGUCUUGCUCAUUCAGCAGCUGUCUCUCGCCUUUUCCUUAACACCAAGAACGGCGGCCUCCAACUUGGCCAACCGUCAGAUUCUUUCAAGAGACUACAGUCUUGCAACCUGCUUCGAUUUACUAAAUCAAAUGACGAAUGCUUGAGAGCCCUGGCAACUAUAAAGAUUUCAAGAGAGACUGAGUUGUCAUCAACCAGAUUUAGUGCCGGCAGUUUCUUGGCAACUCUUGAUACUUCGCCUGGGUGCCUGCAAUCAAAAAUAAAGAACAUCAAAAAGACGAUUACGGAAUCAUCAAAUAAUCGUCAUUUGUCACAUCUUACCUCCCUGUCUGUACAAGGUCAAGCGGCUCGAUUCAAGGACGUGGAAGCCGAGCACUUUGCCUUGUCCCUAAAAUCUCUACCCGAUGACUUGUUCAAAUGGGCAAUAAAUGGGCUCCAGGACACCCUCCCAUCAGCAACCAACUUACAGUUGUGGAAGAAAAUUUCGUGCAAUCAAUGUCCUCUCUGUCACCAACCCCAAUCGCUGUGCCACGUGCUAAAUGCAUGUCCCAGUCUACUUGAUCGAGGUUUGUACAAACAGAGACACGACAAUACGCUGAGACUAUUUGUGGACUUUCUAAAACGUCAUCUUAGUCAACAGUUUUCCAUAGUAGCCGACCUACCAGAAUCAGUAUACAAUUUUCCUGUCGAUAUAACCUGUACCUGCCUUCGUCCAGACAUUGUUGUUUGGAAUGCCGUCCUCAAAAAGGCCUGGAUGCUUGAGCUGUCGGUCCCAUUCGAAACAGUCGUGGAAGAAACGAAGGCCCGGAAAGAACGCCGCUAUGCCCAACUUGUCAAAGAUGCUAACCAUCAGUAUAAGACGGAGCUUUUGCAUCUCUUGGUUGGGUCGAGAGGAUUGAUUUUUCCUGAAACUCGACGAGCAGUCUGCAUGUUGUGCAAGCCUCUUCAACGCGACUUGGACGAUCUGUUUCAAGCUGUCAUUCAUUCCACCCUGAAAGACUCUUUUCGAUGCUGGUUGGCAAGAAGAGACAACAUCUCUUAACUUAAAAGUGUUUUUUUUUUGUUGUUGUAAUUUCUGCUUUUAAUCAUUUGUGAUGUAUAGUCUUCGACUGGACCUCUACAUAGUACUCCAGAACUCUACUUCUGUUAUAGUGCUACCAGUCCUGUAGACGCUUAUUGUACUGUAUCGUUCGGUAUAUUACAAUAAAGGACCUUCCAUAGAUAGAUAGAUAGAUAGGUGUUUUCUUUAUCCAGGGAAAACCUUCAGUAUAGCCCCAAUCUUCAAGGUACUCUGCAUUAAAUAUGUUACAAAAACUAAACUAUAAGAAAACACUACGAAAGAAUACUAAACAAUAAUGGAAAAGUCAAGUAAAAAUUUACGAACUCUCUGUUUAAACAGACGAAAAAAGUCUCCUGUCAUUGAUCUCAAUGAUGCUGGAAGAGAAUUCCAUAGCUGUUGGGAUCUAUGACUAGAAGAUCCUUUCCCAGCUUCUGUUCGAGGUCUGCUGACAUA